CCUCCCUCCGCCGGCCGAGCGCAGCGCCAGAGGACGCCGCGAGAGACAGCCGCAGCAAGCCUCUGCUCCUCCUCCAUCUGCUCCUCUCCUCCUGCCCCUCCUCCAUUGCUUCCGCUGCUCUCCGAGAUUCUCGCCGACGCCUCAGCACAGCACGGCACGGCACGGCACAGCACAGAAGCCGAGCAGCAUCAGGGGGAAGGCGAUGGAGGUGGAGGCGAUGCUGGAGGACGACGUGUUCUUCGCCGAGCUCAGCAAGCGGAUAUCGCUGCUCAUCACCGACGACGACGAGGGGGCCGACUUCGCCGCCGCCGCGCCCCUCACGGGGUUCGCGUCGCUCGGCCAUGUGCCGCCGCGGCAGCAGCAGGGUGGAGGCGCGUCGUUGCUGGCGCCACCGCCCUACACGUUGUACCACCAGCACCAGCACCACCACGGCGCCAGCUACGGCGGGGACAGCGCCGCCAGGGCGGCGGCGUGGCAGCAGCAGCAGCACGGCAGCAAGGGCACCGGCGUGUUCAUCCCGCGGUCCACGCCCGGGGCCGCGCACCCCAAGAAGAAGGGCAAGAACAGGGGCGCCGCCGCCGCCGCCAAGGCCGCGCGGGCGGCGCAGGCCGGCGCCAACGCCCUGGCCGCCGGCGGGCCCGCCAAGAAGCGCGCCUGAUCUGAACCCCUCACCGCCAUCAUGAAUCGAACAGGAAAAGCGAAACCAAAAAAGAGCACAACUAACUCCAGAUGCAGUGCCAGCGGGACCGGACCGGCCGGAUUAGUUAAUCUGUUUAAUUAAUUAAUUAUUAAUUUAAGUUAUUAUUACCGCCGUUAUUAUAUGGUAAAUAAUAGGCCACGGUUGCUCCA